AUGCUCACCGGCGGCGUCAUCGACUACAAUCGCGAGGGUGUUGUGUUGAGCGCCGAGCAGCGGCAAUUCUACGAGCGAAACGGCUACCUUCUCGUGCGCAACUGUGUGCCCAAAUAUGAGCUCGAUCGAUGUCGCCAACGAUUCCAGGACAUUUGCGAGAAGAAGGUGAAAGCGCCGGAGAACAUGACCGUCAUGAAGGACGUGACGAUCGCCAAAUCGGAGUUCAUGGAAGGCGAGAAGGCGAUCACGAAAAUCCAGGAUUUCGCCGAUGACCCCGUCCUUUUCGAAUAUUGCAAAUAUCCAACGGUCGUCGACAUCGUCAAAGAUCUCAUCGGCCAUCCGAACUCGACGCUCAUGGCGAUGCACACGAUGCUCAUCAACAAGCCGCCAGACAAUGGCAAAUUGACGUCUCGCCAUCCGAUGCAUCAAGACCUCCACUAUUUCCCAUUUCGACCGGCCGACUUCAUUUGUUGCGCGUGGACGGCGAUGGAGAAGAUCACGCGCGCGAAUGGAUGUCUUGUCGUGGUACCGGGAACCCAUAAGGGCGUCCUUUUGGCGCACGAGUACCCGAAAUGGGAAGGCGGCGUCAACAAGGCCUACCACGGCAUUCAGAAUUAUGAUCCGUCGAUGCCGCGUGUGCACGUCGAGAUGGACGCCGGCGACACGGUGUUCUUCCAUCCGAUUCUCAUUCAUGGUUCAGGCGCGAAUCGCACCGAUGGAUUCCGAAAGGCGAUCUCGUGCCAUUACGCCAAUGAUGAUUUGUGCAGAUAUGUCGACAUUCAUGGCACCACACAAGAGGCACUCGGACAGGAGAUCAUCGAAAUCGCUCGUCGACGCUUCAAGAGAUACGGAAUCGAUCCGAAUUCGGUGAAUUUGGACUUUGCCGACAUUUGGCGAGUUCGCGCGCGCGAAGUCACCGGAACCCGUUCGAAUUUGUAA